CGCCACCCUUGAAAGUAUGUGAGAGGCGGCUGCCGCGGCGCUGUCAUGGAAUUGGUACAGGAAGCGCGGGAACUGGGUUGCUGGGCGGCCGAAGAGAUGCGAGCGCCGGUGGCCGCCCGGCCCUCGGAGUCAACACUGCGCAGGCUGUGUCUGGGCCAGGGGGCUGACAUCUGGGCCUAUGUCUUAAGGCAUGUGCACAGCCAGAGGAGUGUCAAGAAGAUCCGGGGAAACCUGCUCUGGUAUGGCUACCAGGACAGUCCAGAGGCCCGUCAGAAGUUGGAGCUGGAAGCCACUGUUGCCCGCCUUCGGGCAGAGAUCCGGGAGUUAGACCAGAGCCUGGAGCUGAUGGAACAAGAGACAGAAGCUCAGGAUGUGGCCAUGGAACAGGCCCUGAAGAGCAUGCAAGACAUCCAGCAUCGUGCUCUCCUCCUCCGGGCCCGAGCUGGGGCCAUGCGAAGACAGCAGCGUGGGCUCCAAGAUGCCAUGCAAAGACUGCAGAAUCAGCACAAGCGCCUGCAGGAUAUAGAGAGGAAGGCCAAAGUGGAUAUGACUUUUGGACCCUUGGCAUCAGCAGCCCUGGGUCUGGAGCCUGUGGUCCUGGGCGAUGUCCGAACAGCCUGUACCCUCCGGACCCAGUUCCUGCAGCACCUCCUAAUUCCUCAAGCCAAGAGAAGCAGUGUCCCAACCACUCAAGAUGACCACUUUGUAACUUCCUACCAGCAGUGGCUGAGCUCAGUGGAGACACUGCUGACAAACCACCCCCCCGGCCACGUCCUGGCCGCCCUGGAGCACCUGGCUGCAGAGAGGGAAGCAGAGAUUCGGUCCUUGUGUGGUCCAGAUGGGUUCCAAGAUCCGGAGAUGGCCAGGACCCAAGCAUCAGACCAGUCAGACUCCAGCCAGGCCCUGCCAUCCAUGGUGCAUCUUAUCCAGGAGGGCUGGAGGGCUGUGGGUGUGCAUGUCACCCAGCGGGGACCCCUCCUGAUGGAGCGUCAAAUCCUGACCCAGCGCCUCCACGGCCUGAUGGAGGAAGUGGAGAGAUGUACCCUGGGAUCCAGCGAGAGGCAGGCUCUGCUGCUAGGGCUCCGGCGCUGUGGCCUGUGGGCAGAGCUCAAGGCCCUGCAUGCCCAGAGCCAGGAGCUGGAGGAGGCAGCUGGGUGGCGGCAACUUCUGCUACAGGAGCUACAGGCCAAACAGCAACGGAUCCUGCACUGGCGUCGACUAGUGGAGGAGACACAGGAACAGGUCCGCCUGCUCAUCAAGGGCAACUCAGCCAGCAAGACGCGCCUGUGCCGGAGCCCUGGGGAGGUACUGGCUCUGGUUCAACGAAAAGUGGUCCCCACAUCGGAGGCAGUGGCACCACAGAGCCAGGAGCUACUUCGCUGUCUGGAGGAGGAAGCCCAGCUUCUCCCUCACCUGCUGCUGGGCACCCUGCUGCGGCACAGCCCUGGAGGGUUGCAGCCCCUGCCCACCAUCCUGCCAUCCAUCUACCAGCUGCAUCCUGCAUCCCCAAAGGGCUCCAGCCUUCUAGAACUGAGCCACACACUGGGGCUGCCUACAGGGAAGGCUCCAGAGCUGCUCCUCCCAAAGGCUGCUGCUCUCCACCAGGACCUUCUGUUCCUCCAGGACCAGCGGAGUCUCCGGUGCUGGGAUCUGCUCCACAUGACAACCAGCCUGCCACUAGGACCAUCCACCCAAGAGCUGCUGCAGACUCAGGCAUCCCAGGAAAAGGAGCAGAAGGAGAACCUGGGGCAGACUCUGAAGCGGCUGGAGAACCUACUGAAACAAGCGCUGGAGCGAGUCCCUGAGCUGCAGGGGGCUGUCGGGGACUGGUGGGAGCAGCCUGGCCAAGCUGCCCUCUCCGGGGAGCUCUGCCAAGGCCUGUCCCUGCCCCAGUGGCAGCUGCGCUGGGCCCAGGCCCAAGGCGCCCUGCAGCAGCUGUGCGGAUGAAGACGUGGCGCAGACAGGAGUCUAGAGCUUCACAUUUGUUCACCAAAACCUCAGCUCCCUCAUUCACAAGACCUUUGGACGAAAGCAUCACCCAGAUGUGUCGGCCUAUCCAGAAGUCUCUACUCAUACCUUCCGUCCCUCUCAACUACCUUGCCUCUCUCCCUUCAUCCCACCAAGGCCAAAAGAAUGGGAUGCUCUGGACCCCAUCCCAGGUCCCCCAAAACUCCCCUCAUUACUUGCACACUCAGCAAAAAUUAACUGAGCACCUGCUGUAAACACUGAGGAUUGAGGAUGAACAAAAUGGACAGAAGUCCCAGCCUUCAGGGAGUUGCCAUUGUAGGGACAGGGAAACAGACCACCAGCAAGAUAAGCAAAAUGCCCAGCAUGUUGGGAGAUAACUAUAAAGCAGGCUGUAGGAGGUGUGAUUUUUAAAUGCAGGGCUACACAGCAAAAGCCACACUCUGUAAAGGCAAUGAGAGAGAAGCACGUGAGUACCUGAGGAGGGCUUGCAGGGGAAGGACUAAAGCUUGUACAGAGGCCCAGAGUUUGGGGGGAGCAGGUGUUAAGAGAUGAGAUCGUCUUCUAGUUUUUAUCCAGUUUCUUUUUUUACCCUUAAAUCUGAGCCAUUUGGAAUUCAUCCAAAUGGAUCUGAUUUUUUCAUAUAUGUAUAUCCCAAUAGCACUCCUUAAAUUUCUGUCAGAGCAGUGGUUGCCUCUGAAGGAGGGGUGGGUGUCAGGGAUGAACCAAGGAAGAGACCAGGAAACUUCCCAGAGCUAGAAGUGCAUUAUAUGUUGAAGGUGGUGUGGGUCAUACAGGUAAAUAAAUUUGUUAAGAACUCAUCUAGUAGUACUCCUAAGGUCUGUGCAUUUCACUGUGUGAAUCAUUCUUCAAUUUAUAAAGUUAAACUUUACCCACCUAAGCUUUAUAAUAAAGUAAAACUUCAGAUGA